AUGAAAACACUCUCUGAAAACAAGUCUUUCGUUCAGCAUAUCAAACAACGACAAGAAGAUUUCAAAGUACACUUUCAUUUCUAUUCAAGAAAACCCUUCAGCUUCCCACCAAGAAAGAUCCCCCUCUCCUCCAAUAGAAUAAUUUCAAUUCACUCACCUCUCCUAACCAACGUCGUGAACAAACUCCAAACUAGAGAAAAGCCAAAAUCGAAAGUACUUCAUCCAUCCAAAAUAGGCGAAAACUCCUGCUCUCCAACUCUCUUUCGUACUCCAUAAAUCAGUUUGCAUUAUGAAUACAACAAGAAGGGUGCUCAUUAGAGAUAACCUAGCAACAAUAGAAGUCGCAAUGAAAACAUAUCCACCGUCAAAGAAAGAAGAGAACCUAAUGCCGAUUCUGUUACCAGAGAUUACUCCAGAGUUCUGGAAGAAGUUAUGAAAAAAUAUCGCUAACUCAAAACAGAGUUACUCACAAAAGACAAAGAAGUUCAAAAAACACAAUUCUACAAAGAAGAAUGGCUCAAAGAAAAGGUACUCGUUCCUCAAUAUAUAUACAGAAACGUAAUGAACUCCUACAAGAAAGAAACAAGAAUUUGAAAAUGAAACUACUGAAGAUCAUUGAAUUAGUUUAAAAGGAUCAAUUAUAAACAAAUGAUGAGUCUGAGGUACUUUUAUAUUUGUAUCAUUAUAGUUAAUAGGGUAUCAUAGCUAGUCUUUAGACAGAAAAUAAAUAUUUACGUUAAAUGUUGCAUCUCUAUGAUGUUACUGAUGUCUCCGAAUAACUUGAAUAACUAGAGAGCGAACAAGAUCAUGAAGUCGACCACAUUGAUAAUAUACUCAACGUAUUCCUAGGCGAUCUUAGAACCAUUUAGAAAAACAGAAAAGAAAAGAAGGAUAAUUAAUAAUUAGGUAGCAUUUCUAAAUAUCGUUAGGGUAAUUCAAUUCCCUAUCCUUGACAGUACUGAACAAAGAAUCCAGUUUUGUUGAUUUAUCAGAAGAUAAAUUAUUAAUGGAAUAAUAAUGAAUUAUUAAUAA